AUGUCAUGGAACAAGAAUGGGGAACACCAGAAUUGUAAAACUAUACUGUCAAAGAAGUAUGCAUUUCACUCUCAUACUUACACUGUACUCAUGUAUGGUAUAUUUUUGAAGGAAGUGACCUAUGAUGAUGUGCACAUCAACUUCACUAAGGAAGAGUGGGAUUUACUGAAUCCUUCCCAGAAGAAUCUCUACAAAGAUGUGAUGCUGGAGACCUACUGGAACCUAACUACUAUAGGAUACUUUUGGGAAGACCUUAACACCAAAGAGCAUUGUAAAUGUUCUAGAAGACAUGCAAGGUGUUCACAAAUACAAACUGGAGAAAAACCAUAUGAAUAUAAUCAGUGUGGUAAGGCCUUUGCACGUCAUAUUCACCUUCAAUUGCGUAGAAGAACACGUACUGGAGAGAAAACAUUUGAAUGUAAUCGGUGUGGUAAGGCCUUUUCACACUACAGUAAUCUUCAAAGCCAUAAAAGAACACAUACUGGAGAGAAACGCUAUGAAUGUAACCAGUGUGGUAAGGCCUUUGCACAACACAGCCACCUUCAAAGCCAUAAAAGAACACAUACUGGAGAGAAACCCUAUGAAUGUAAUCAGUGUGGUAAGGCCUUUGCAUGGCACAGUGAUCUUCAAAGACAUAAAAGAACACAUACUGGAGAGAAACCUUAUGAUUGUAAUCAGUGUGGUAAGGCCUUUACACGACAUAAUCAUCUUCAAAUUCAUAAAAGAACACAUACUGGAGAGAAACCCUAUGAUUGUAAUCAGUGUAGUAAGGCCUUUGCACGUCUCAGUCAUCUUCAAAGGCAUAAAAGAACACAUACUGGAGAGAAACCCUAUGAAUGUAAUCAGUGUGGUAAGGCCUUUGCACAACACAGUAAUCUUCAAGUGCAUAAAAGAACACAUACUGGAGAGAAACCCUAUGAAUGUAAUCAGUGUGGUAAGGCCUUUUCUCAAAACAGUGUUCUUCAAACACAUAAAAGAACACAUACUGGAGAGAAACCCUAUGAAUGUAAUCACUGUGAUAAGGCCUUUGCAUGUCACAGUGAUCUUAAAAGGCAUAAAAGAACACAUACUGGAGAGAAACCUCAUGAAUGUAAUCAGUGUGGUAAGGCCUUUGCACACCACAGUAAUUUUCAAAGCCAUAAAAGAACACAUACUUGA